AUGGAGAAUAGGGUGGUCCCGACUCGAUCGGGUGUGCAAUACACGCCCGAGCAAUGGGCCAAGAAACGAGACAUCAUUACUCAGCUUUACGCAACAGAAGGAAAGUCAUUGCGGGAGGUCAAGGAGCACUUGCGAACGAAGCACGACUUUCGACCCACCGAUCGCAUGUACCAAAGAAAACUAGCGCAAUGGGGUCUUGAGAAGAAACAUAAAGCGCCGGAGAUGAGAGCUAUACUCCGUAUAGCCAGACAGCGACAAGCAGCCGGUCAGCACUCCGUAUUCAGGAUCAGGGGUCGUCAGAUCGACAUCGAGGAAGUCCUCAGAUACUUCAAGCGGAGAGGCGAGGACCCAUCCACACUGGACUUACCAGAAUGCGCUCCCCCCCACACGAUUACUGUUGAGACACCUGCGCCAUCACCACCACCAUCAUUGCCACCACAAAUGCAGUCGUUCGGGUCCAUUGACGAUGAAGAUAAUCCCGAUGAAACCCCUUCUACUACAUUGGAUCAACCUCUGAUCCCAUACCCAACUCCUGAAACCGAAUAUGCAUUCCUUUGGGCUUCUGAUUCCUCCUCAGACUCGUCGAUUCGAUCCGACUCAGUCGUGUCUACUCCAGUCGUUUACUCGGAUGGCCAGGUGACUCUUCAAUUGAUUCCUGACAACCCAUCUUUGGCUAUGCCAAUUGAUGCGACUCUCGACUUUCCAUAUGCACGAUAUCUCCUUUACUGGACGCAGCAAUUUCUCGGGCACAUCGUGCCCCCAACAUUUUACUCUGAAGAUGGAGCAAGCCAAAUCAUCUUCAAACCUUGGAGGAGAACACUCUCAACCUGGGCACGGGCAAUAAGUGAAGGUCAGGAGCUGAUACGAAGAGGUCAAGAAGCCGAGGCCGAUAAAUUACGGAAAAGAGCACUCGCUAGUGUCAGGAAGCACAUCACGAACCCGUCUCCAAUCACCUUGUUGCGCUACUUCGAGAUCAUCUGCGCCCUCUGCGAGUUAGACCCACACUUCCUCGAUGUGACCCUGAGACACGUCUUCGCCGAGGCUGGGAAGUACCUAUAUGUCAACCAUCCCAUAACAGCGUUGACCCGAAUGUUCCUGGAUCCACGAGCUAGACCAUUCAGGGGGCCACUCGCCCAACAGGGUAUAUUCAAGUCGCUUGCUAUUCUUCUCGAAACGUAUAGACCUCGUCAUCCUCGUAUGCUUUACAUACUGGACAGCCAAACGCAAGCUCAUCUUGAUGCUCAGCAAUACGAGGCUGCCAUUAAAUCAGCCGAGCUGUACCUUCAGCGUGCAGAACUCAUUGUGGGCGAAAACUCUUUCGAAUCAUGUCAAGCGUGGCGCAUGCUAGGAGAUGCGCACAUCAAGCAGAAUCAGCUUGAGAAAGCUGCUACGGCAUAUCACAAAGCCUUUACACUUCAAGCACAUCUGACAUCAUCCAAGUAUCGCCCUGCCAAAGAGGUCAAGAAGGAUCAGAGCACUAUCGGUGUCAGGACGCAACGUGGCUUGGCUGAUAUCGCUAAGAGACGGGUACAAUAUCCCCAAGCGCGACAACAUCUCGAGGUUGCCUUACACAUGGCAAGGGAAGCCUUUGGAGAAGAUGAUGUACUGGUUCAGCUGGUGCAGAAGGACCUUGUCGCCCUGAACGUGACGCAAAUGACAGAAGCAUUUGCCAUCAUGCCUCCCAACAUUUGGCCUAUUACCAACCAGAGGCGCGAGCCGCAACUUGACAAUACCCUGUGCUGA